GCGCACUGGCAGCGGUGAGCACGCUCUCGGCGCGCCCUGGCAGCGGUGAGCGGCAGUCUCGGCGCGCCCUGGCAGCGGUGAGCACGCUCUCGGCCACCAUGCGAACGCUGCAGCUGAUCGUGGCCGUGUGCGUGACACUGACGGCGGGCCGCGCGGCCACUGUCAGCCGCCCGCACGGCCGCACUGCGCUCACCAACGACGCCGUGGUCAUCGAAGGCGGUGCUGAGGAGGCCGUGCGCGCCGCCCAUCCGACUGGUGACCUGUUGGAGCGCCACCAGGAGGAGCAGACGGUGGUGCCGCCCGGCUGGCCCGGUCUGCCGGCCGGAGUUUCCAGCUCCUGCCGCACCGACGACGGACGUCUGGGGCGGUGCGUGGUCCGCACAGUCUGCUACUGGAGCCGCAGUCUGCCGGCCGGCAGCCACCCCCGGCCGACAGCCUGCCGGACUGCUGGUGAUGGCGCGCGGCGGCCGCUCUUGCGCGGCGUCUGCUGCCCGGGCCUCUUCUCUGAGAUCACACAGACGACCAGCACCAGCACUAGCCGGCCGGCCUCCACACAGCGAGUCAGCACCAGCACUAGCCGGCCGGCCACCACCCAGUGGUGGCAGACGACCUACCAAUCCGCCGCCACCACCACCACCACUGCCAUCACCACGACGCGACCGCGUCCGAGCGUGCCAACUAUCCCACCGAUGAUAACGCACCCGUGGCAAGGGAGCUCGAGCACCACUGCCGCUGCCACCAGCACCGCCUGGUGGCAGAGCAGUGCCGGCCCUACCGAGAGCACCACGGCCACCACCACCACCACCACGCGGCGUGGUCCCACCACCACCGCCUGGUGGCAGACAACCACCACCUCCACCACCACCACCACCACCACCGCCACCACCUCCACCAGCAGCAGCAGCAGCAGCAGCAGCAGCAGCACUGCCGCCAGCGGCGGCGGCGGCGGCGGCGGCGGCGGCGCGGCGGCGGUGGCCGGCACCGGCCCGUUCGGCCAGUGCGGCCGCAGCAGCCACCAGGCCGGCUCCGACCAGGACCGCAUUGUCGGCGGCGUGGAGGCCCGUCAGGCAGAGUUCCCCUGGAUAGCUGGUAUUUUCAAGGGGAAGCGGCAGUUUUGUGGUGGCUCGCUGAUUGACGAGACACACAUUUUGACCGCCGCUCAUUGCGUCGCGCAUAUGACAUCUUAUGACGUGCGGAGACUGGUGGUCCGUCUGGGCGACCACGACAUCCAGCGGGACGACGAGGCAGACCACGACGAGUACGGCGUGGCCAGGAUCAUCCGACACAAGGGCUUCUCCGACCAGACACUGCACACUGACAUUGCUCUACUUACACUCUCCAAGAAGGUGACAUUCAGAGAGAACAUCCGGCCGAUUUGCCUGGUCAGCGACGAGGCGGUCCACUACGCUGGCGACAAUGUCACAGUGGCCGGCUGGGGCUCCCUCAGCGAAGCCGGUCGCCAGCCUAGCGUGCUCCAGAAGGUGACGCUGCAAGUGUGGGAGAACUCGCAGUGCGCCAGCUCUUACGGCAAGUCGGCUCCGGGCGGUAUAAUCAGCUCCAUGCUGUGCGCGGCCGCCGCCGGAAAAGACUCAUGUAGCGGCGACUCGGGCGGCCCGCUGAUGCACGUCACCAAUGGAGUCGUCUAUCAGGUGGGCGUCGUCUCCUGGGGCAUCGGCUGCGCCAAGCCAGAGUAUCCGGGCGUCUACACGCGGGUGGCUUCGCUCAGGAGCUGGAUCGAGCGCAACCGGGAGGCCUACUGAGAGCUGCAGUGGCGCCGCGCUAGCCGCGCUAGCCGCCGCGGCGGCUGCACCGUGCGACGCUCGUGCCGCGGCCGGCCACCGGGCUGCCGGUGCUCGGCACCUUUUGCACGUAAUUAACACAACAAUGUUCGUGAUAGUGUGGGCAAACUCAGCAGCUCGGCAUACUGCAUUAUGCUGUUGAAGAGUUGUUGUCCGAGGUCCGUCAAACUGCAGCUAGUUUGUCAGAGUGCGUCUAUAUACAUAAGUGUAAAUAUACAUAGGUGUACUUG